CCAAACAAAUACUAUGCAAAGAACAGUAGCACUUGGAGGCAUUGAAAUUUGAAUUUGCGAUGCGAAUAUUGAGGUACCGGUAUCUGCGUUUGAUUGAUUAACUUUGAGCAGAUUUCCGCAAAACAUUUAGAUGACAGCUCAGGAACGGCUGUGCCUAGUGUAGAUGAAUGACCUAGUGUGACCUUGCCAUAUGAGAACUGCUCCUGCCAAUCAUCUAAGACGGCUCAAGAUCACCCAAACCAACGCUAGUCAAGAUUUGUAGGCAAGUUAAACAACUUUUAACUCCGUUUAACUCCCACGACCAUGCAGAACGACGAUUCUGUAACCAAUAGGACUGCGUUAAGCUACCAAAGGCGCUACUACAGUUACUACAAGUUCCGUUUACGCGUGUUUUUCUACACUUGUGUGUGUUUAGUAGCAGUGGGACUUCUUGUAGGAUGUUUUAUCAUUCAAGUCUUCAAUUCUUCCACUAUCUUCCCCAAGGAGUACGAACUAGCUGAGCAAGACAUGCGAAUCAUAAAAGUAUCAACUGUAUUCUGCGAGGGGAUUUAUGUCAAAGCCGCAAACCAGCGUCGAACUUUGAGGGUUUUACAACAAGUUCAGAUAUCACCACAAACGCGUGUAUCUAACGUCAGUCUAGAGGUAUUUGUUCCGCGCAACAAAUAUUGGUUCAAGGCCUAUUAUCUUUUAAAAGGCUCCAGUAUACUCAUCAAUGCAAAGUCUGACAGCUUCUUCAAGUUAUUUAUUUUCAAGAGACGUGAAAACUUAGAUGGUUGGGUCUCUAGACUGGAUGCAUCACAGCUUCGUAGGCGAUCUCCCCCAGAGGACAAAAACACCACAACACAAAUCUCGUUUGUUUACACAGUUCCACAGGAGGGGAAUUAUUAUAUCUUGUUUCAGCGCAUUAAUGGACAGCGACAAUUAGAGAAACUCUCCGUGGAAUUCUCGCUAACUCGGCAUGUGUACGAACUAGGGAGUGCUAUUCACGAGUGCCAUGCAGAUCUGGGGCAAGAUUGCAGUACUCGACUAAUGUUUAACUCCGAUGAGCGUGCGCUAAUCGAGGUCAAACCAUCGUCUGGCGCCAUGUACCAGAACAAUGUAAUCACGGCCUGGCACUGCGAGCCUAGGGUAUGGUUCUUCAUAGUGGUUUUCGCGGGAGGUUUUUUAUUUUUCCUUACAAUAGGGUGUAUCGUUUAUUUCGUGCUAAUGAGUCGACGCAAGUCGAGUUUUAUUCGCGAGUGUCGUAAACAAAGUUUAAGGUCACAGAGCUUGCGGAGCCUAAGCCGCGCUUCUGUGCGGAGCACACGUGGUAAGCCACCCAGUCGAUCAACUAGCAUCCGUAGCCAAGGCAACACCGAGCCUCUUUCAUCCGGGACAUUGACUCGUGACUACACCCAGUCCACGCGCCUCCCCUCCGUGAUACCUCCAAUUUACACAGGGGACAUGCCAGAUACCCCGGAGACUAUAACCACACCUCUCACGCCUCGCUCUAGGGCCGAUUCCAUCGAGACGAUUUCUCUCCCAUCGUUGGAUAUCGUUCGUCCGCGUCGUGCGAGUUUCUCCACCUUCUCGACAGCCGCGGGGGACUGGGAUACCGCGAGUUUGAGGUCGUGUCCAGGCGCGCUCGUCCGUAAGCAUUCAUACCGAAACCCACACCAUCCAGGUUAUUAUCAGGAACUGAAACGUGAACGUGAAGAGCGUGCAGAAAUUUUACGUGAAUUGUUACGUGAUUCCGAGCGUGAGGCGGGUACUGAAGAUGAGCGGGAGUCGUUACUCGGAGCGGUGGGUGGUGUAGACGAACAUGAUGGCGCGAAAAGUCCGCGUGAUUUCGCGAGAAAGCCCCGUGAUCGUGUGAAAGAGUGUUGUGAUAAACGUGCGGGUGGAACGUGUACGAGACACAGCGGGAGGAAAAGGGAUUUUUUUCGGGAUUUGGAGCGCGAACGACAGAGGAGUGAAAGCGAUUUGAAUGCGGAUAACAGACUCAGUAAAGGUAGCGACUACGAGAAGGAAUUCGAAAAUCUCAUAGAAUCUGAAACGCCAUACGCAACGCACAAGCGAAAUAAAGACAAAGUUUCUGACUCGUGGGACUCGGACAAGCCAGCAACAUUACCACGCAUGCGCACCGGGCGAAACAAAAAGCCCAAAGCUAACGGGUACAUCCCUCAAAUAGACCCAAUAUGGGAAAAGCAAGGAAUCAUAGCUCCACUCAACAACAACCAGUUUAAUACCUCAGUGCAAGUACAUGCUACGCCUAAUGGUUCCGCGAAACCGAAGAACCACAAAGAUAUGAAUGGGAAUGCACCCCAAGAUGUGAAACUGCGUAAUCUACCGAGUAGAAAGAAGGACGGCUUUUGGAGGCCGAGGUUAUCUGUGGUAUCAGAAGUGUAGAGUGAAGUGAGUAUUUUUGGCCAAGAUAAGUUAAGGAUGUUUGUCAUUACAUCACAGGAAUUCUCCUAACAAGACUGGACUCAGCUCACUUCUCCCUCUAGUGGGAGACAUAUUGCCAAGAAGUAAAUUGACUCUUAUCCCACGCUACACGGAACAUGCAGUUAACAUACUGUGGGCCGUAGUUGGGUCAGCGGCGUCAUACAAAAUCCAUACACAUCGUGCUUGAUUAUCAACCCGCUAUGCACCCACAAAGACUUCUGGGGGUUUCAAGCAUUCGCCUUUGACUAACAAUGUUGAUCAUUGGGAUUGGAUUUUUACAAUCAGCUUUUCCCCCAGAUUUGGAGCAUUUAAUGUUUAUACGAUGUAAUCAUUUACCUACUUGUUCAUCUUUGAAAGACGUUGUGAUUUUGGCAUUAUCUCAGAGACGUACUCACGCACAUUCUUAUGCAUAUACGUUGCCUUGAUACCCAAAACUCAUCGCUGAGGUUUAUUCCAUUUUCCCCUUCAAAAGCCCUGAUUGAUGAAAGUAGACCAGAAUAUAAAGAGCAAACUGGAAGCCAAUACUGUAUUGGUGUGUUAUUUUUUGUAAUUUAAAGCCAAUUUUCUAUCAAAUAUUAAAGUAGCUGAGAUUAUUCAGUUUAAAAUGAACAUAAAAUAAACAUCGAUCCCGUACUUGCUAUUGUCUCUAAUGGUGAUGAUCCAUUUUGUACUUCUAUUGUUUCUAAUAGUUUAAUUCUAGCUAAAGUAAGCCCAUCUCUAGGAGGACCUACGAGACGUGUCCAAAACAUACAUCCUCCUCUAUACAAAUCGAUUAAAAACAUGCCCAUAACACAAUAUUGUAUAGGUUAGGCUUUUAAUUCUUUAGAGAUUUAUACAGUGAAAAUUGUCAGUUUUGGUGCAAGAAUCAUAGCAAUGGAAAAACUGCCCUUCUUAAGGUUGCUGUUGCACAUAACCACACAAACACACAUUUCUUAUUGGUGCAAGAAUCAUAGCAAUGGAAAAACUGCCCUUCUUAAGUUUGCUGUUGCACAUUACCACACAAACACACAUUUCUUAUUGGUGCAAGAAUCAUAGCAAUGGAAAAACUGCCCUUCUUAAGUUUGCUGUUGCACAUUACCACACACAACAAACAUUUCUUAUUACAUGAUUUCUUUUCAAGUUAACAAUAAAAAAUGAACAACUGUUAUAACAAAGUUGGUGAAGCUUCAUGUGACAUUUACUGGCCAGUGUUAAAAAGAUACAGACAGUUCCACAUUCCAUGAGUGUGAGUUAGAGUGUAAGCACUGUCACUAAAGAAGGUAGCAUUGGCCAGGGUCCCAAGGAUAAAGGAAAGGGUAAAGGAAUAUGAAA